AUGAAGGCCCGUGAGGACGCCGUCAAGAGCCGUGACGCUGAGCUGGAGGAGUUGGGGAAGACGCUGGCCACCGAGCGCAGCCGACUGGAAGAGCUGGAGCGGAAGGUGAAGGCGAGGGAGGCCGAUCUUCAUGCUAAUGCGCGGGUCCUGGCCGAGGACCGCAUGGCCUUUGCCGAUCUUGAGGAGAGGUCUCGCAAGGCACUGAAGACGCUCUACGAGCACGGCUUGGAGAGGCCGCUGACCACCGAUGAGGACAGCCCCGCGCUGCUGCUUCCUCUCCUGGCAGGCAAGUCUGGGGACCCGCCGGACUCCUUCGUUCCCUUGUACCGCUGCCCAGAUGGGGCGGAGACUACCGCCGCCAUGCCUGUCUUUGAUGGGCGUGGGCUCGUGCCGCCUGCGCCCUCGGAUGUCCCGGUGAUGACGACUCCGGUGGUGGUGUCCUCCGACGAGGAGGAGGAGCAGGAUUCGGCGGCCACCCCGGAGGGGUCUGGGGAGACCUCCCCUCUGCGCAGGGCUGAUUUUCUUCGCACUUUGCCUGAUGAUGACGACACCGACAACCACCCGGUGAAGGAAGUCCCGCCUCCUGCUGGGGUCACCACGAGGUCCGGGGUCUCCCCCUCGAGGAGGCCGCCGCCUGGUGUCCCGACGAAGGGCAGCUCGGUGUUGAUCUCCCGGGGCGAAGCCCCCGCUGUGUCGCCACCUGGGGCCGCCACAGCCUCGUCGACUCCUGGGGCCCGCGCGCCAGUGCCCCAGGCCGCGAGGCCUCCAGGCUCCACGCUUCUGAAGAGGCGGCCGGACUACGCCGCCGUAGACCAGCCGUCAUUGAAGAAGAAGAAGGAGGAGGCGGCCACAUCCUCGAGGAGCCAGCAGCCUGGCACGGCCGCACCUCCUCUGGCGCAGAAAGGCGGUGACGGUGCCCGCGCUUCUCUGGCCCGGUCGUCCUCGCGAGGCCCAGAGGAGCGUCUCCAGGAGAGGGCGACCCCCAAUGCCUCGUCAGCUCUUGAGGCGCUCGUCCCCAACUCGCCGGCCGAGGUCCCGCAGGCUCCGGAGCUCCUGGCCACUCCCUCCACUGCCAUCAUCCUGCAGGUCUUGGCGACGAUGCUGCCUCCUUCUUCCGCCCCACCAUCAGUUCGUGACCCUUCUGCCUCGCCUGACGUCCUGGAGCACGCUCUUUCUGCACUGACCCUGCUGCGGGAGGAUCUUCAAGGCACCGACCAUCGCCUGGUGGCCGGGCGCCUGGAAUUGAUCUCUGGUUGGCUUCACUCCUAUGUGUCCGUCCGGGCGGCGCUGAGCCAGGCUGCGGCGGCCUCCAAGAAGGACAAGCAGGCCGUCGCCCAAGCGGCGGCUGUCCGCGAGGCGGCACGGAAGGACGCCGGGGCUGCCCAGGAUCGCUGCCGGUCGUUGGAGGCUGAGCUGGAGGCCAUGCGCAACGAGCGUGCGGUCGAGGCUCGAGGCCGCAAGACGGAGGAGGAGAAGAUGAAGGCCCAAGAGGACGCCGUCAGGGGUCACGACGCUGAGCUGGAGCAGUUGGCGAAGGCACAGGCCACGGAGCACAGCCGGCUAGAGAAGCUGGAGCAGGAAAUGAAGGCAAAGAAGGCCGAGCUGGAAGCCAAAGCGAAGGUCCUGGCUGAGGACCGCGUGGCCUUCAAGUCCCUUGAGGAGAAGUCCCACGCGGCGCUGCGGGCACUCUAUGAGAAGGGCUUGGAGGAGCCGCUGGCAACAGACGACAAGGGCCCCACCCAGCUGCUUCCUCAUCUGGUCGCGGCGCUUGAGGACGUCGUGGACGGGAUCGGCCCCUUGGUGGAGGGGGAAGCCCAUGCGCUCUCCUCUGCUGCACUGACACGCGUCUUCAGCCACCUCCAUCUUCGUGAUCCUGACGCCUACCUUGACGAGUUGCUCGAGCCCGUGGAUGAUGAGCGCUAG